UGCCGGUUUAUACAGAGGCCUGCACACAGCACAAAAUCCAUAAGACUGUGUUAAUGCUUGCAGGUAUGGUGGAUAAUGAUUGCUAGGGAAGAUCAUACAGUGUAACACUGUAACACAAAUGUAAAUCCACCGCCAUCACAUUAAACAAAUCGAUUGACAAGCGUGAUUGGCUUAUGAGUAAUGAACCAACUGAAGAGUAUCUCCUGGAGUUCACUGGACGAGGUUGAAAAAGUGGGUUGUGGAAGCUUUGGAACAAUAUUCAAAGCAAAGCAUAAAGAAUGGCAGAUACAUGUGGCUGUGAAGAAACUAAAUGGAGAUGUGUCCCAGGGUCUGCAAGAGCUUAUUUCAGAGGCAAAAAAGAUGAAUCACGCUGCAGAUAGUCCUCAUGUUGUUCGUAUGCAUGGGAUUUUGAAAGACGAUACAGAGGUGGAACAAGGCAUUGUGAUGCAAUACAUGGAGAUGGGCAGCCUUUUCUCGUUCCUUCAAAGACAUGAAAAUAUUGAUUGGGCAUUAAAAUUCAGAAUAAUUUAUGAAACAGCACUGGGUAUGAAUUGGCUACAUAAUCUUUGCCCCCCACUACUACACUUGGACCUUAAAACCAAGAAUGUCCUUUUAGAUGAAGACUUUCAUGUAAAGAUCUCAGACUUUGGUCUAUCUAACUAUUCCCCUAACUGUGGGAAGGAUAUUGGUGGAACCCUGGCAUAUAUGCCUCCUGAGGCACUUAGCUCUAACACUGGCUACAAGCCAGACAAAUCCUUUGAUGUUUACAGUUUUGGCAUCUUGACCUCUGUGGUGCUGACAGGAAAUGAACCAUAUCCUGAUGCUAGAUCUAUCCUAAUAGUGGAACGUAUUCCUAAAGGGGACAGGCCUUGUCUAGAAGCCUUGAAAAAAGUACUUGAAAAAACUACUGUGACGUGUUUAGACAAGGCAAUUGAAUAUACUGAACUAUGCUGGCAUAAUGACAAGAACAAGAGACCUCCCUUCAGUGAUUGCUGCAACAAAUGGGAAAGGUUGUAUUUACCCCAUAAGGCUGGGGUACCCAGAGCAGUGAUGUCUUUAAUUGAUCAGUUGCCAAAGACAGCACAUCCAGACACACCAGAUACAUCAACAACUGCCAGCAGCGACAUGACAGGAGCCAUACAAAGAUUUGAGCGUGUGCUAAAGAUCACUCAGAAGCCCUCUUGUAAUUUAAAUGCAGCACCUGUGAAGAAAAACCCAACAGAUUCUUACAAAACAUCAAAUCAACAAUAUUCACAGAUGCCCCGAUAUCCUAUGCCCCAACAUGUUGCAAGACCAAUGAUUUAUGGUCAAAGACAUUCACAUAUAUUUCAACAACCAGGUUAUUCUUUUCGUCAGCCACAGUUCUUUUAUAGUAGACCACCAUCUCAGGGUUAUGGAGAUCCCUAUCAAGCUCCUACGUAUUCAAUAAAUAUUCAUGGGUCUUCUAAUGGAGUUCAGAUUGGGAAUAACAAUGUUAUGUAUGUAAAAGAAAACAGACAAACAUACCAAAAUCCAAGUACCAGAUUAAGGACACCCAAUCAGCCACGUGGCACCCCAACAAGACAGGGCACCAUUCCGAAGGCAACAUGGCAAAGCCAGAAUGUUGGACAUUCUCAAACUGUACUGCAAAAUGAGCAGCCAUCCAAUACCUCUAAUGCAAAUCAAACAGGAAAUGUACCUUCAACACAGAUCUGUCCUCCACCAGCUACCUCAGUAAACAACUUACAGCUAAGUAACAUCCCAUGUCAGCAUGACAAAAAUGCUAUAGUUCAGGAAAACACAGAACGCUGUGCAGUGAGGUCUCAAUCUAAAUCCCAGGAUCCCCAGCAAAGUCAGCAAACACCACCCCAUAAAAAUACCCAACAAGACAAAAACAACAAGCUUAACUGAUAAAGUCUAAAGUAUUCACCACAGUUAACAGACUGCAAUGCAAUGCAGUUAUAGAGCUGUAUGGGCAUCACUACACUACCAGAUACACCGCUCUACCCAUUACAACAGUGCUCUGUAAUGAUUAUAGUCCCAUGUCCUCAUGUGACUUACAAUGCAGGAAGGUAGGUUUCCCGAUGUCUUCCUAAUACUAACUACCCUAAUGCAGCAAGCUUCCUUAAAGAACGACUGUCACCCUCAAAUCUA